AUGUAUCGCAGCAGUGUGGGUGUCAGAAGAGUUGGCGGUGCUGUUGCUGCCAGUGUUGGCGUUGAUGUUGGUAUUGGCGAUGAAGCACUUGAGUCGCCAACGUCUACAUGGCUGAGACGAGGAAGCAGAGUGUCAGUGGUGGUGACUGCGACUGUGGUUGAAAGCACAGAAGCCGAACAAGCCGCUGCCCCUGUUGCUUUCAGGCCUUCAUUAUCUGACGCUUAA